CAUUUUAUUUAUUUCCCAACCCUACCCCUCUUCUCUCUCUCUCCCCUCCUCACCCUUUUUAUCUAACCGGGAACCUUCUCCUAUCUUUCAUCCGACGACCCACACGCGUCCACGUCCUCGUCGUCUUCUUCGCCCCCCUUCCCCCUCCCCUCCCCUUCUCACCCCCAUCCAUAUAAAUAACCGCCCCCACCCUUCUCUCCUUCUCCGCUCUGGCUUUUUAGGGUUUCCACGAAUACCGAGAGACCUGGUCGAAUUCUUCGAUUUGGACGGCGGUAUCCCUCGCGUUCUUCCUCUACUGGUGUUUUUUUUUGGUGUUGUUGGUGGUGGCAAAUAUUGAGGAGUCCGUGGUGGGUUUGUGUUUUCUUGGGGCGCCAUGGCGAUUGUGAAGAAUAGCUUUAGGGUUUCGAGGCUGGACGGCGAUUCCUCGCCGGGGAGUCGGGGCAGUGUGUCGAGUGAGGAGGAGGAGGACGAGGUCCGGACUCGGAGCUCGGCGUCGGACAUUGAUGUCUCCGAUGUCUCGGAUGUGGACUCUGGGAUGGGAUCCGACGAGUUUGAUCUCUCCGAGCUCGGGGAGGCUGGGACCGAGUUCUGCCAAGUCGGGAACCAGAGCUGUAGCAUCCCGCUGGAGCUCUAUGAACUUCCCGACUUGGGGGCGGUCCUCUCGCUGGAGACCUGGAAUGAGUGCCUCUCGGAGGAGGAGCGGUUCGGCUUGGCUGAGUACCUCCCUGAUGUGGACCAGGAGACGUUUUGCCGGACUCUCAAGGAGCUGUUCUCGGGGCAAAACUUCCACUUUGGGAGCCCGCUCGUUGAACUCUUCAAUCGGCUGAAGGGUGGGCUUUGCGACCCAAGAAUUGUUCUUUACCACCGGGGACUGAACUUCUUACAGAGGCGGGAUCACUACCAUCACCUGCGCAAGUAUCAGAAUGCUAUGGUAGGAAGCCUUAUUCGGAUAAGGGAUGCUUGGCAGAACUGUGCAGGGUAUGGUAUCGAAGAAAGGCUUCGGCUGUUGAAUAUCCUCAGGAGCCAGAGGCCUUUGCAUUAUGAGAGGGAUGGAGAAGUGGGGUCUGAGACAGAUUCAGAGAGUGGGGAUUCUGGUGAUCAUCACUGGACUAAAAGGUUUAAGAUGGAUCGGCAGGCAGUGCUGUCAUCGAGGCCUUCCUUUGAUAUAUUGUCUCAUGGGAGUGGCAUGCCAAUGGAGCAGAUGAAGUUUGGGAAAGAGAACUCGAAGGGGGUGUUGAAGGUUGCCGCUCCCAAAGUCUCUGCCCAAAAGGAGUACUUUGGAGCGGCAGGUCAGUAUCCUUCUGCUGCUAAGCAUAGUGGGGAGGCAAAGACUAGACCACCAAUGUCUCUCUUAGCUCUUCACCGGCAGGAUCAGGUUGCAGGGUAUGAUUUGGGUAAUUCCCAAAGGGCCAGACAUCAGAUGAGUGGUGAUGAGGAUGAUUUGGAGGAGCAAGGUUAUGAGAUGGGCUUGCAGGGAGACUGGAAUGCAGUUCGUGGAAAUGCAGCAGCCAGGACUAAUUUGCUGAAACCGGGAAAGAAGCAGGAAUUACUAAAAAGAUAUGGCAGAGGUAUAUUUGGUGAUGAUGGCCCUGAUGGUUAUGAUGGGUUGUCUUAUUAUCAAGGUAGGAGCAGGAAUUCUGAUCAGGCUGUCACUGUAGCUUCUUAUGAUCAUCAGUCUCUUGAAACCAUGAAGCAAGCUAUGUAUACCGAGGAGUGGGCAUAUCCUGCCAGAGAGCAGCCUAAUUAUCAAGCUCUGAAAGGAAAUCAGGUUGACCAGUCAGCUGGCACUCAGCCCUUUCGGCAUAACAAAAAGCUUGAAGAAGCCAUUUCCAUGGAUAGAGGCAAGAAAUGGAAGGUUGGGGAUGAUUACAAAAUUGGCAAAAGUAAAGUUGGGCAUGACUCAAAAAUCAAGUCUUAUAAAACUAUUCCAGCACAGAUGGAUGAUUCAUACUUCCACUCUGAUUUUAGAGCCAAAACAUUACAAGGGAAGAUAAAAAUUAAGUCUGCUCAGUAUGAGGAAAUGAGUAUGGGCUAUGCAAGGGGCACUACUAUGUAUGCUCAAAGCGAGGAGACAGAAUCUGAUUCAUCAGACCAGGUUGAGGAAGACGGAGGUAUUGAUCCAUCAGCGAGGAAGUUGGGGCAUUUAAGUGGGGACAUAGAGGUCCGUCACCCAGGACUCGUCAAAUCAUUGUAUGAUUCUAAAAAGGCCAACAAGCUUGCAAAGAUGGACAAAAAAGCGUAUUCCCGUUUUCCUGAUGGAGCCACAAACAUUUAUACACGAGAAGAAGAACCUUACUCUACAAAAAGGAAGCAAAAAGGUAAAACAAAUGAGCCCAAUUACUUGAACGAUGUGAAAUUUAUGAAGAAGGGCCAAGUGCCACAGUCUAAAGAGAAGUUACAACCGCCAUUACUGAAGACUUAUAAUACAGGGAAAAAGCAUAUAGGAAUGGUUGAUCUGGACAAUUCUUCACGGCAGCCAAUUUAUUCGCGUGAUUAUGGCAGUGGCAUGUUGGAUGAGCAGGAGGAGAAUUUGGAUGGAAGUUCCAAGUUACUGGGUAGCCAGAUGCGAGUUAACAAGUCGGGGAACAGAAAUCAACCUUCUGAUGCUCGUACUAUUGAAGCUGAUUGUCAUGAAAAACUAAACAUGUCCUUGUUAGGGUGCAACACUGUGAAGAAGAGGCCAAAAGUGAAGCCUGAAGGUAUGUAUGUUGACAAGCCAGAUGAACCUCGUUACCAACAGUCAAGUCCAAAGCAGCAGAUCGAUGACCAGAGUGUCAUGAAGAAGAAGGGAAAAAGAAAAGCAGAUGCUGCUUCUGAUUCUUUGACUGUGGCAACUCCUGAGCCAAGCAUUCUACAAAAAAGAACAGCAGAUGUAGAUCUAGAGGGAAAGUUGCAAAAGAAACCAUUUACCCUGAUCACACCUACAAUUCACACCGGCUUUUCAUUUUCCAUCAUACAUCUUCUUUCAGCUAUCCGGAAAGCAAUGAUUACUCCUACUACAGAAGAUUCCGCAGUGAUGGGGAAGCAUCGUGAAAAGAAUGAUGGUAGACCAAAACUAAUGAGAGGAGAGCAGAGCAGUUUGCUUCAAGUGGUCAAUGGCCCAUGGAUGCGCCAUUCUCAUGAGAAAAUGGAUGGACAUACUUCAGAGCACGCUGGUCAGAAUAAUUUACCUUUUCUUACUGUUCAAGAGAUUGUCAAUCGAGUUAGAUCGAAUCCAGGAGAUCCGUGCAUUCUUGAAACACAGGAGCCACUUCAGGAUUUAGUCCGUGGAGUGCUGAAAAUAUUUUCAUCUAAGACGGCACCUUUAGGAGCAAAAGGUUGGAAGGCGCUUGUGUUCUAUGAGAAAUCAAACAAAAGUUGGAUGUGGGUUGGUCCCGUUAUUACUAGUUCAUCUGAUAAUGAUACUGUUGAAGAGGAGACUUCUGCUGAAGCUUGGGGUAUUCCCCAUAAGAUGCUGGUGAAGUUGGUCGAUGCAUUUGCUAAUUGGCUAAAAUCUGGUCAGGAGACCCUUCAGCAAAUAGGAAGCCUUCCAGCACCUCCAAUAUCAAUGUUGUCAAACUUGGAUGAGAAGGAGAGGUUCAAAGAUUUAAGAGCCCAGAAGAGUCUAAGUACUAUUAGCCCAAGCUCUGAUGAAAUGAGGGCAUAUUUCCGUAAAGAAGAACUUUUAAGAUAUUCUAUUCCAGAUCGGGCCUUUUCCUACACUGCUGCUGAUGGGAAAAAAUCUAUUGUUGCUCCGCUAAGAAGAGGUGGUGGAAAGCCAACAUCAAAAGCUCGGGAUCAUUUUAUGCUGAAGCCUGAUCGCCCACCUCAUGUUACUAUUCUUUGUCUUGUACGUGAUGCAGCUGCCAGAUUGCCUGGGAGUAUUGGAACUAGAGCAGAUGUUUGUACUCUUAUUAGGGACUCACAAUAUAUUGUUGAAGAUGUCUCUGAUGCACAAGUUAACCAAGUUGUCAGUGGGGCCCUAGACCGGUUGCAUUAUGAACGUGAUCCUUGUGUACAGUUUGAUGGUGAGAGAAAAUUGUGGGUUUAUCUGCAUAGAGACAGGGAGGAGGAAGAUUUUGAGGAUGAUGGUACCUCUUCCACUAAGAAAUGGAAAAGGCAAAGAAAAGAUGCUACAGAUCAAUCAGAUAUGGGAGCAGUUAACGAUGGCAGCUAUCAUGCAACUGGAGAUCCAACUGUAGGUGGUUCUACUGCCGGAUAUGAUUAUGAUCCUGAUCCUAAUAUUGAGUCAUCAUCCAUCAAAGUAGGGGAGAAAUCUGAACUUGUUUAUAAUGAUUCGAGGCCCGAUAUGGAGAACAUCCAGUCUUUUGUUGAUUCUAAACCCAGUAGCAGGAACCAAAGCGGUUCACGGAGUUGGGAGGCUCUUGGGUUGAAUCCCCUGCGGGAAGACAAAAUGGUAUGUCAAGAGAACUCCACAAAUGAAGAUUUUGAUGAUGAAGCUUUUAGCAGAGAAAAGCCAGUUGGGCUCCUGAGUACAGGGUUGUUGUGAAGAAUGGAUGAUCCAUAAUCAAUAACUGUAUGUUCAUUGCAGAACAGAUCCAGGUGAGGAGGUCAUCAAGUGUACUUUGCACUACUGGCUUGCUUCAAGUUUCGCAUGUGGGGUGAAUAUGGUCUCAAAGUAUACAUUUUCACUAUUUGGCCCAUUGGGAGUCAUGCAUAUUCAAGGUGUGGCCCUCUACAUGUAUAUUCCCUUACGGCACUGUAACAUAUGUAGUGCAAUUGUUGAGGCUUGGAGGUUUUCUACGUCUCGAUGAAUCCUUCAUGAUUCGAAAAAAAUAUUUAUCCCAGCUGUAAACACUUCCAUUCUUUCUACUUAGAGAGGAAUGAUAUAGCCUCCGAUGGAGCAAAAAGUUAUGAACUUCGUCAAGCCCUCAAGAGGGUCCCAAAUGGGUAGAGUGAAAAACCAUGGGCAUCUACAGAUUUUUUUUAUUUUUUUUUUGCCCCUUCUUAUAUUUUUUGUCAAAAUUCUCACUUUUCAGUGGUAUAUGAUGAAGCAGCAUUAUGUUCCAUGGUUUAUAUAUGUGAAAGCAAUUGAGCUCUGACUGCUUCGAUCUGAUCACAGAUUUUAAGUGGUUGCCUUGAAUGGCACCGUUUGACAGGUAUUAGCUAUUAAAGAUUAUAAAUGCUUCUGAGAUAUUGUUCCAA